AUGCCUGCAUCCCUUGCAGGAGGAAGAAGACGCGCUGUCCCGGUGAGAAGCCAGCUUGCUCUAGCUGAAGAGAGAUUGGCAAGUUUGGAAGAGAAACUAGAUCUGAUUCUGAAUGGGAGCCUGCCCAACUAUACUACGUCCAGGCAUCGGGAGCCGCCCCUUAAUGGGGACAUUUCGGACAGAUCAUGUUCACCAACGUCAGUUCCCGAGCAAAGCCAGUCUACCAGUCGCCAUUCGACGGUCGUCUCCGAGCGGGUCGCUCCAAAUGCACGGCCAGACUCGUCUGAUAUUGCCCGGGGUAUGCGAGUCUAUUUCAAGCACUGCCACAGGCAACCGAUCUGGUGCUUUGAACGCGAGGAGGUUCGCGACUAUGGAUCGCUUCCGGACGAACUUAUUUGUAGCAUCCUGGCCGUAACAUCGCGUUUCUUCCCGAAGAGCAAUGUCUCACAGACGUAUGGCAACAAUGCCCGGCGUUUGAUCAUGCUUCGAAUCGCGGAUGGUUCGGUAGCCCUUACAACGAUAGAGAGCCUGUGUCUGCUCUCCUACUCUUCAUUCAUAGAUGGGAACAUCCCCCUCGGGCAAUUUCACCUAGGUUUGGCUGUUCAGCUCUGCCGAUCCUCAAUGCUCGAUCUCGAAUCCGCCUAUGCUGUUCAUGACUCGAGCACUGAGAGAAAGAAGAGACUAUUCUGGAGUCUCCAGCUGCUUGAGCAGUUGUAUGGCCGGCAGACUGGGCCUUCAAGCACCCCGACAGAUAUAGGUCGCCCAUUCUUCUCUUCCGUAGGCCGAGUUCAGGGAUCAUAUUCAACACCAGGCCCAAAGACACCGCCUCUACCGACCGAUGAUGUAGGCUGUUCAGACCCGAGCGAGCCUGGUAUCUGGAACAUGGGUCUCCACCUGGGAUGGGUUUGGAGUCGUGUGAGAAGCUACGUAUCCGAUUGCGCUCAGGAUAUACUUAAGGAGCCCUGGCGCCACGACUCUACCUACGCCAUGGUUCUCUCUGACUUUAUGGAGACAGAGAACAGGAUCCCAAUGUGCCAUCGAUAUGACUCGGUCAAAUUUUACGAGCGCAAAAUCGAGGAGCUAAGAAUGAACCAUGAUUACUGGGCCCCAUGGCUCAAGGAGCAGUUCACAUAUCAUGCUAUACCCACCGUGCUCAACCACCCCUUCCUGUACAUCGUUGGGGCACAACACAAUCCGAACCUGGCCAUUCCGAACACGUUCUGGAGGAGAUCGUCAGAGCUUGCGCUCUUGCACGCAACCUGGAUUGUCCGGAUUAUUGAUAUGGUCGUGGAGAAACAGGUGCAACUAACUGAUCCAUUUUUUGGACAUGUGGCUGCAAUUGCCGCGACGGUGCACUUAUAUUACUGCUGUGCUGCUGCUGCCAAACUGAAACAGAAGUCAAAUACGGACUUUGCGAAAUGUAAGAAGUUCUUGCAAAGCUUUUUGCCAUUUUCCUCGGCUUGUGCCGCCUUGGACAAGAAACUGGACAAAAUGACACGGAUCGCAGCCGGGUCUGAGAAUAUGGAUGUCGAAGACUGGAUGCCAUCGAAAAUAUACCUAAGCGUUCCUCUGAUGUGGGACAUUCUACAAUUCAACUGCAUGACAGACUCGCAGGAGACGCCGACAGCCGAUUUGUUAGAUGCAUCUCUCGCCCCUAAAGUGGUCGAAGAAGAUCCUGGUGACAACCACAUGCUCGAGAUUAUUGUCGCCACAUCACCAGAAAUUACAAUAGACACUACAGAUGGAGGACAAGAUGCACCGUCAUUAUCACGCAGAGCCCCCGUUACCUCAGCCCCUGAAACCCCUCGCACCAAUGUUUGGAACGAAGCAUCUUUCGAACAAAUGGACACCCUGACGUACAAUACUACGCCAUGGCUUUACGCAGAUCCCUCACAAUUCGUCAGCCUGGGCGAUAUGGGCUGGUAUGACUCCCAAUCCGCCAUUAACGAUACCAGGGGUGCGCCCUGGUGGGAAGGAGGUACAAUGAGCAAUGCAAUGUUCAACUAG